AUGAAAAUUGUUUUAUUGUUAUUGUCGAUUUGUCUUUCAUUUGUAUUAAGUGAAAGUGUAGAUGUGAAAAAUAAAUGCACAUGUCCCUAGAUUUUAACAAUUGAGGAGUGUAGUAUAGAUUGUGAAUGGAAUUUUGUUGAAGGUAAAUGCAGUGUUUCAAAACUUCCCUUAAUAAGAACAAGCUUUUGUAAAUACUAGAAAGAUAAUUGCAAUAAGACAAUUGGUUGUGCUAGUUAUUAAGGAAUUUGUGUUCCUUUCACUGGAUGUACGGUAAUCAAAGAAAAUACAAAUCUUAAAUGCCAAAAAUAUUAAUAACUUUGCAUAACUGAUGGUACAAAAUGUGUUGAAAAAACUAUAUGUGAAAAUUACAAAACUAGAUUCUCUUGUCGAAAUAAUUAUGUUGAUAAUGAAUGGCAAGGAUUUUGUUAUUGGGAUCAAUAAAAAUGCAGAAAAGCAUAAAGCUGUAAUGAACUUUCAUCUAGCUUGAAAAAUGAUGCAGAAUGUAGAAAUUAGUUAAAGUGGUGUACAUUUAAAUAGGGAGGAGGUUGUGAAGAUUCAGGAGAAUAAUGUUAAGAUCACAAAUUUUAACAACAAUGUAUAACAAAUAGAAGGGGAAACAUAAAAUGUUACUGGGAUGAUUAAGCUUGUUAUGAUUAUAGUUGUAAGUAUAUUACAAAAGAUUGUUUAAAAAAUGGAUGUUCAAUAGAUAAGGAUUCAAAAUGUAUAGAUAGAGUAGAGUGCAAAGAUUAUAUGUUAAAAGUAUCAUGCACUUAUAAUAAAUAAAAUUCAGAGUGUUUUUGGGAAGAUAACACAUGUAGAAUAAAAAAAUGUGAGAAUGCUAGUACAAUAAGAUAAACAAAUUAAUAGUGUUAAGAGAUUGAUCCAUAAUGUAUUACAAAAUUUGGAGGUGGAUGUAAAGUGAAUGGAGAAUGUGAAGAUGCUGAUAAUAAAGCUGGAUGUUCUUAAAAUAAAAAAGGAGAUUAUUGUUAUUGGAAUGGGUAUUAAUGUGUACUAAAAUAAUGUUAAUGGGCGCCAAUUAGUUCUGAUAAUAAAGAUAAUUGUAAAAGUUUUAAAUAGGAUUGUGUUUAUAAUAAUCAACUUUAAUAAUGUAUUGAAGAUGGAUGUUAUGCUUAAUAAAAUAGAACAACCUGCGUUCAAAUUAAAGAAUGUAAUUGGUAAAAUAGAUGUGAUAUAAAAACUUGUGAGACUGCUGGAAAAGAUAUAAAGUAUACUUCUCAUUAGGAUUGUCAGAAUUAUUUAUCAAAUUGUACAUUGAAUAGUUCAGGAAAAGGAUGCAUGAUGAUUAAAUAUUCAUGCACAGAUUAUACAAGAUAAAUGCAAUGUUUUAAAUCGAUUAUAAGUAAAUGUACUUGGAAUAAUAAUCAAUGUCUUAAUAGUUAAUGUGAAUAUUUAAAUUAUAAAACACAUUAUGAAUGCAAUAGUUAUUUGUAAAAUUGUACAACUGAUGGAACUAAAUGUAUUUAAUUAAAAUCCUAAUGUAAAUAAUAUACAUUAGAGGAAUCAUGUAAUAUAACUUCACAAGAUUUCCCUUGUUUUUGGACAAAAGACUAAUGUUAAGAUUUAACUUGUAAUCUUAUUCCAAAAUCUUAUAGUUUUAACACUCAUCAAGAAUGUAAUACUUAUUAACGAUAAUGUACUGUAUUAGAUAGAAUUACAGGAUGUAUUGUAACUCCAAAUGAUUGUGAGUUAUUAAAUUAAGAUUAAUGUUUUGGAACUAAAUGCAUAUUUUCUCAAGGAAUAUGCAGAGAUAAAACAUGCUAAGAUUAUAAAGGUGAUGUUACAUAAUCUAAUUGUGAAGCUUAUAUUACAGGUAAAAAAUGUAUGGCAGGUCCAGGAUUAAUACCAAAUAGUUGUGUUGAUAGAGUAAAUUAGUGUAGAGAAAUUGUAAAUGAAUUUUAAUGUAAUGCUGCUAAAGAUAUUAAUGAUGAAAAAUGUAGAUGGGUAUUAUCUAAUUGUUUAGAAUGGUCUAAAAACUUAUAAAGAAAAGACAAGGAUAGUAGUUGUCCAAAUGAUUGGAUACUCUAUGAUAAUGAUACUUUAUGUAUUAAAACAAAAUCAUGUACUGAUGUAGGAAUAGCUACAAUUGAUUAUACAAAUGAAAUAUGCGAAAAUUAUUCUAUUAAUUGUAUGAGAGAUACUGAAAAGAGUUGUAAAUAAAAAGAAAAAUAAUAAAAAGAUGGAUGUGUUUUUUAUUUAAGUAAAUUCAAUUGUAUAUUAAAUACAAAUUGUUAUUGGUCAUCUACUACUAAUACUUGUAUUUAGAUUAAAAAUGAUUGUAAUCUUUUAACAAAUAAAGAUGAUUGUUAAGGUAAUCGAGAUAUUUCAGGUAUACUUUGUAAUUGGAAUAAUUAAUCUGAAUAAUGUGAAGAUAUUUGUGUUUCAUUAAAAUCAGUUAAUUAAAAAUGUUCUAUUUUAAAUUCCAAAUGUGUACUUAAAGGUAAUUAACCUGAUAAAUGUGUUAAAUAAUUCACAAAUUGUUCUGAUUAUAUUACUUCAUAAACUGAAUGUGAAGACGAUUCUAGAUGUACAUACAAAACAUCAUUAGGAAAAUGCUAAGAAAAAUAAUGUUCUGAUAUUACAGAUAAUUCAACACAUUCUCAAUGUAAUUAAUAUAAAUCAGAAUGUACUGUUGCUUAUCCAGGAGGUUGCAUUAAUUUAUUACCAAAUUGUAGUGAUUAUAAGAGUCAAAUCUAAUGUUAUAUUAAUGAUAAAUCUAAAACAUGUAUGUGGAUAGAAUCAAAAGGAUGUGUAGAAAGAAAAUGUUCAGAAAUUAUUUUUGAUCCAACUAAACCUAAAACUCAAUGUUUAUAAAAUUCUAGUAAUUUAAGUUGUAAUAUAAAUCUUUCAGAGGAUGCAUGUGAAGAUUUAAAAGAUUCUUGUAAUAAAUAUUCAAACCAAGAAUAGUGUCAUAAAUAAUCGGAUGAUUAUGAAUGUAUAUGGAAAAAUGAUGAAUGUUAAUAGGCUGCUUGUUACAAAAUAGUUUUAAAUAAUUAUUCUCAUUUAGAUUGUUUAGGAUAAUUUAGUAAAUUAAAAUGUACUGUUAAUGAAUCAAAGAAUGGGUGUAUAGAUAUAAAAUCAGAUUGUAGAAAGUACAUAAGCGAAGAGUAAUGUUAAAAGACUUUAAAUGAUGAGGUUUGUGUUUGGAAUUAAAUUUAUUAAUCAUGCAAUUAUAAAACUUGUAAAGAUGAGAUACCAGAAGAUGUAAAAUGUUCCGAUUAUCAUUCUACUUGCAUAGAAGCAUAAUAUCCUUGUAGAGAGACAAUUUGUGAAGAUUUUUAUUAUGAUAAUGACGAAGAUUGUAAAAAGCAAAAUAAAUAAUGUACAUCUAAUGGUCGUUAUUGUAUAUAGAGAGGAACAUGUGAAUAAAAUUAGUAUGAAUAAGCUUGCAACAUUGAUAUUAAUAAUAGAUAUUGUAAUUGGAAUUCUGGGAAAUAACAAUGCCAUUAUAUUUAAUGUCAUGAUGCUCCAGCAACAAUAAUAUAUUCUUAGGAUUGUGAGUUAUAUUUUCCAAAUUAAAAUUGUGUAACAAAAUAUGGAGGAGGAUGUAUAAUAAUAACUAGUUGUUCAGAUUAUUCACUAAAAGGAUUAUGUGAUGAUAGUAAAUUAUUUUAAUGUAUUUGGGAGAAUGAAAUUUGCAGAUAAAAAGUAUGUACAGAUUUUAAGAGUGGAAAUCUUUUAGAUUGUCAAUAAAAAUAACUUAAUUGUAUAACGGAUGGUACUACUUGUGUUGAAAUGAAGUAUUGUUCAUAAUUAUCUUAAUCGAAUUGUUUUUUUGGUAUUGAAGGUAAUUGUUUGUUUUUGAAUGGUAUUUGUUAACCUUAUUAAAAUUGUUAAUCAAUCUCAUUAAAAACUCAUUCUGAAUGCUAUGAGAAUAUAUAAAACUAAUGUACAACAAAUGGAAUAAAUUGUAUUCCUUUAACAUUUUGUGAAGAAUACAAUGAUAAAAUAUCUUGUGUUAAGGGAAUGAAUGGUGAUUGUGCUUGGAAUGAUUCUAAAUGUUCAAUAUUUUCAUCUUGUGAUAAAUAUUUAUUUAAAACUCACCAAGAAUGCAAUUCAAUUAAUCAAAGUUGUACUACUGAUGGAAAUAGUAAAUGUAUACAACUUAAAGAAUGUUCGAAAUAUGAAACUGAAGAAAAUUGUAAAUUAGAUUUAAAAGGAAUAAUUAAGAAUGGUGGUUUAAUAACUUAAUUAGAUACAUGUUUAUGGAUUAAUAGUUAAUGUUAAAAUAUUAAAUGUGAAAAUCUUUAUGGAUCUGAUCAUUAAAAAUGUUAUGAAUAAUUAUCAAGUUGUACAAGUGAUAGAACUAAAUGUAUUUCUAUGAAAACUAAAUGUUCAGAAUAUUCAACUGAGAUUUGUGAAUCAGCAUUCAGUUUAGAAGAUGGAAAAUGUAUUAAUAUUAAUUCUACAUGCUCUUAAUUUGAUUGUUCUACUAUUGUUUUAGAGAAUUAAUGUAACAAUUUAAGUCAUUGUAGAUUUAUUAAUAAAGCAUGUUAAUUCUAUAGGAAAUGUCAAAAUUAUAAUACAGAAAAAGAAUGUACUAAAGGAAUUGAUGGAUAAUGUCUCUUUAAGAAUUCUAAAUGUUAAUUAAUGACAUCAUGUACUGAUACAAAUCUAUAAGAAUUUUGUGAUCCUAAACGUUGUUAUUAUAAUAGUACUUCAUCAAAUUGUUAAGCUUUUACAUGUGAAAAUUAUGGACUUUAAAAUCCUUGUAGUCCAUUCUAUAAUUAUUAGAAAACUAUCCUUACAUAUUGUGCUUUUGACGAUAAAACUAAAAAAUGUAUAGAAAGUACACCAACCUAAUAUAAUGCUAGUGACUGUUAUACUAAAUCAUUUAGAUAUUUCUCUAAUUAAAACAACAUAUGCAAAUCUUGUUUACAUAAUCCUUUAAAUCCUCCUAAUAAUAUUACCGAUAAUAAAAAUAAUGAUACUAAUUAAACCAAUGAUCCUGUAAGUUUUCAUGGAUUAAUAGUUAGUAUUCCAUUAAUUUGGUUAUUAAUUAUCAAAUGA